AUGACCAAAAGCCGACUCUCAACAAGAAUAUCCCUUCGAUGGCCUCCCGAGCCUGCAUUCGAGAACACAGACACUCUAGUCCUCUCCGUGGACAGCUGGUACGUCGACCUUCGUGUUGACCGGGCCACUGGCGCGAUUGACUGGGCGAUCGCGGGUGAGAGACUGCAGGAUAAAGACUCGACUGAAGUCCUCUUCACACACGAACUAGACUCAAGAAACUCUUUCGGUGUUGCCGAUUGCGGGUCUUUCUCGGCUCUACCCAAUGGCGAUGACCUGGAAGUCGGCGUUAUGCCGCGACAUGAUCUCCCCGGCUCUCCGGUGCGGGAUUACGAGGAGGUAUGGAGGGGGCUUCUUUUCCGACGGGCAGACGCUUCGGACGGGGUGUCCUUUGUUCUCGAAGCGGGUGGGGACGUGCAGAUGGACGAGGGCGAGGAGAAGGAGAUUGUUCGCACUUUCAUCGGCGCCAUUUGGGGCACGUAUAUUGUUCUUCGACAGCGACAGACUUUGGCACGACACGUCGGCGAAGCAAAGACGGUUAUUCGGAGUGGUGGGGAGGUUAGUGCCAAAAGGGAGGACUUCGUGCGCGGGGUUGGGUUCCAGGUCAAAUAUUCCAUUGGGCCAGAGGCCGAUGAGCUGCCGGCACAGAGCGAUGUGGAAGGUUUGCUGAAGGAUGGUGGCAUGGCUCCGGGGAAUAAGGUGGUUGUUCGAGGGGAGGAGUAUGUUGUUCGAGGACUUGAGGAUUUGCGAGGGGAGACUGAGCAGUAUUUUGAGCUGUCGACGGAUGGGCCUUUUGAUGGUUAG